AGACCUUAAAAAAGUUCCGGCCGUUCUGCCGUUGUCUCUCUGUUGCGUUGAAGAACUAUUUGAUAUCACGCGAAGUGAUGGAUUUGUGAUUUUACUGUGGUGAGCUCGGUUUUGCAGCUUCAUCUUCUGUCUGGCAUUGAAAAAGUCUGUGUUAGGUUUGGAGACAAGGCAACGCCUGAACAAUCGAUGCGCGGAGUAACACUGCAUGUAAAGACACCGGAAAAGGUCGAGUGCCAAAGAUGGUGGUUUUAAGACUCAGGCUUCACUACUGAUUACGUUUCGGGUCCACCAUGGAACCGGGGUCAGAUGACUUCCUGCCGCCGCCUGAGUGUCCGGUGUUCGAGCCUACCUGGGCAGAAUUUCGAGACCCGCUUGGCUACAUCGCGAAAAUCAGGCCCAUCGCGGAGAAGUCGGGCAUCUGCAAGAUCCGCCCACCUUCGGACUGGCAGCCACCAUUUGCAGUAGAAGUUGACAACUUCAGAUUUACUCCUCGCAUCCAGAGGCUAAAUGAACUAGAGGCUCAAACCAGAGUGAAACUGAAUUAUUUGGACCAGAUAGCAAAAUUCUGGGAAAUCCAAGGUUCUUCAUUAAAAAUUCCUAACGUGGAACGGAGGAUCUUGGACCUCUACAGCCUUAGUAAGAUUGUUUUGGAGGAAGGUGGUUAUGAAGCCAUCUGUAAGGACCGACGGUGGGCCCGCAUUGCCCAGCGCCUCAACUACCCACCGGGCAAAAAUAUUGGCUCCCUGCUACGAUCUCACUAUGAACGUAUCAUUUACCCCUAUGAAACGUUUCAGUCUGGAGCUAACCUUGUGAAGUGUGACACUCAUCAAUUUGACAGUGAGGAGAAGGACAAGGAAUACAAACCUCACAGCAUUCCCCUUAGACAGUCUGUGCAGCCUUCCAAGUUUAGUGGUUAUAGUCGGCGGGCAAAAAGACUACAGCCUGAUCCAGAACCUACAGAAGAAGACAUCGAGAAAAAUCCAGAACUGAAGAAGCUACAGAUAUAUGGUGCAGGUCCCAAGAUGAUUGGCUUGGGCCUCACGGCCAAGGAUAAGACUUUACGAAAGAAAGAUAAAGAAGGGGUCAUAAGCCCCUCCACUGUUAUGAUGAAGGAGGAACCAAGUGGCCAUGGGAAAGUGAUGUCAACAAUGCCCAAGGAGGAUCUGAGUCACAGCCUAGAGCCUGGCACCAAGAUGACCAUGCAGCUACGGAAGAACCACAGCAGUUCUCAGUUUAUUGACGCAUAUGUUUGCCGAAUGUGUGCUCGAGGGGAUGAAGAUGAAAAACUUCUUCUCUGUGAUGGCUGUGAUGACAGUUAUCACAUUUUCUGCCUAUUGCCACCCCUUCCUGAAAUCCCCAGAGGGGUCUGGAAGUGCCCAAAGUGUAUCAUGGCGGAGUGUAAGAGACCCCACGAAGCCUUUGGCUUUGAACAGGCUACCCAGGAGUAUACUUUGCAGAGCUUUGGUGAAAUGGCUGAUUCAUUCAAGGCGGAAUACUUCAACAUGCCUGUACAUAUGGUACCUACAGAACUUGUGGAGAAGGAAUUCUGGAGGCUGGUCAGCAGCAUUGAAGAGGAUGUGACAGUUGAGUAUGGAGCAGAUAUUCAUUCCAAAGAAUUUGGCAGUGGUUUUCCUGUCAGCAGUAGCAAAGGGAACCUGUCUCCUGAGGAGGAGGAAUAUGCAGCCAGUGGUUGGAACCUAAAUGUGAUGCCGGUGUUGGAUCAGUCUGUUCUCUGCCACAUUAAUGCAGACAUCUCAGGCAUGAAAGUUCCCUGGCUUUAUGUGGGCAUGGUAUUCUCAGCAUUUUGUUGGCAUAUUGAGGAUCACUGGAGUUACUCCAUUAACUACCUACACUGGGGUGAGCCGAAGACCUGGUAUGGUGUACCUUCACUGGCAGCAGAGCAUUUGGAGGAGGUCAUGAAGAGGCUAACACCUGAGCUGUUUGAUAGCCAGCCUGACCUUCUACACCAGCUUGUCACCCUUAUGAAUCCCAACACCCUUAUGUCUUACGGUGUGCCAGUUGUGCGCACAAACCAAUGUGCCGGAGAAUUUGUCAUCACUUUCCCUCGUGCUUACCACAGUGGCUUUAACCAAGGCUACAAUUUUGCUGAGGCUGUCAAUUUUUGCACUGCUGACUGGCUACCUGUUGGACGCCAGUGCAUUGAACACUACCGCAGACUUCGGCGCUACUGUGUCUUUUCUCAUGAGGAACUCAUAUGCAAGAUGGCUGCCUUUCCAGAGAAGUUGGACCUAAAUUUGGCUGUGGCUGUACACAAAGAGAUGUUCAUCAUGGUGCAGGAGGAGCGACGUUUACGAAAGGCUCUAUUGGACAAGGGCAUCACGGAGGCUGAGCGAGAGGCUUUCGAGCUGCUCCCAGAUGAUGAGCGCCAGUGUAUCAAGUGCAAGACCACCUGCUUCCUGUCAGCCCUGGCCUGCUAUGACUGCCCAGACAGCCUUGUCUGCCUUUCCCAUAUCAAUGAUCUCUGCAAGUGCUCCAGUAGCCGGCAGUACCUACGAUAUCGGUACACUUUGGAUGAACUCCCUGCGAUGCUCCAUAAGCUGAAGAUUCGGGCUGAAUCCUUUGACACCUGGGCCAACAAAGUGCGAGUGGCCUUGGAAGUGGAGGAUGGGCGGAAGCGGAGCUUUGAAGAGCUAAGGGCACUGCAGUCUGAGGCCUGUGAGGGAAGGUUUCCUAACAAUGAGCUGCUUAAGCAAUUGACGGACUGCUUGAAGGAAGCAGAGGCUUGUGUCUCCCAAGUAUUGGCUCUGGUCAAUGGCCAGGAGGUCAGGAUUAAAACUCCACAACUGACACUAACUGAGCUACAGGUCCUUCUUGAGCAGAUGGCCAGCCUCCCCUGUGCCAUGCAUCAGAUUGGGGAUGUCAAGAAUUUCCUGCAACAGGUGGAGGCCUACCAAGCUGAGGCCCGGGAGGCCCUGGCCUCAUUGCCUACUAGUCUGGGACUACUGCGGUCCCUGUUAGAGAAGGGACAGCAGCUGGGUGUGGAGGUACCUGAAGCCCAGCAACUCCAGCAACAGAUGGAGCAAGCACGGUGGCUAGAUGAAGUAAAGCAAGCACUGGCUCCUUCAGCUCCAAGGGGCUCUCUGGUCAUCAUGCAAGGGCUGUUAGUUACAGGUGCCAAAGUAGCUUCCAGCCCUUCUGUGGACAAGGCCCGGGCUGAGCUUCAGGAGCUGCUGACCAUUGCAGAACGCUGGGAAGAAAAGGCUCACUUUUGCUUGGAAGCCAGGCAGAAGCAUUCACCAGCUACACUGGAAGCUAUCAUUCAUGAGGCAGAAAACAUCCCUGUUCACCUGCCUAACAUCCAGGCACUCAAAGAGGCUCUGACCAAGGCACAGGCUUGGAUUGCUGAUGUGGAUGAGAUCCAGAAUGGUGACCACUACCCAUGCCUGGAUGACUUAGAGGGUCUGGUAGCUGUGGGCCGAGACCUACCUGUGGGGUUGGAGGAACUGAGACAGCUAGAGUUGCAGGUAAUAAAAGCGCACUCCUGGAGAGAGAAGGCCUCCAAGACUUUCCUGAAAAAGAAUUCAUGGUACACGUUGCUGGAGGUGAGGCCUAGGACCCUGACCCAUAACCUCUUAUGUCCCUGGCCUGGCUAUUGUGAGAUGACUCAUAUGAGAGCAUGCGGGUUUGAGGGAUGCUGGGACAGGAGGAGAGGAAAUGUGAAGCAGGGGAAUCAUGGCCAUUCCCCCUCUGUCUGCCUGCCUCAGGUGCUCUGCCCAUGUGCAGACACUGGCUCAGACAGGACCAAGCGCACCCAGUGGAUGGAGAAGGAGCUGGGGUUGUACAGAUCUGAUACAGAGCUGCUGGGACUGUCUGCACAGGAUCUCAGGGAUCCAGGCUCUGUGAUUGUGGCUUUCCUGGAAGGGGAACAAAAGGAGAAGGAGGGAAUCCUGCAGCUGCGUCGCACCAACUCUGCCAAGCCCAGUCCACUGGCAUUAUCAACCACAGCUUCCUCUGCAACCUCCAUUUGUGUGUGUGGGCAGGUGCCAGAUGGGGGGGGAGCUCUGCAGUGUGACCUGUGUCAGGACUGGUUCCAUGGGCGAUGUGUGUCCGUACCCCGCCUCAUCAGCUCCCUGAGGCCCAGUGCCACCUCAUCAUCUCUUCUGGCCUGGUGGGAAUGGGACACCAAAUUCUUGUGUCCACUGUGCAUGCGCUCACGGCGUCCGCGCCUGGAGACCAUCCUGGCACUGCUGGUAGCGCUGCAGAGACUGCCUGUGCGGCUGCCUGAGGGCGAGGCCCUGCAGUGCCUCACAGAGAGGGCUAUCAGCUGGCAAGGCCGUGCCAGGCAGGCUCUGGCCUCUGAGGAUGUGACUGCUCUGUUGGGACAGCUGGCGGAGCUUCGCCAGCGGUUGCAGUAUGAACCCAGGCCCGAGGAGCCCCUUUCCUACGUUUCAGCCCCUGCUUCUGGCCCUCUCAGAGAAGGCAGUGGCAGGGACAUGACUAAGGUCCAAGGAUUGCUGGAGAACAGAGACAGUAUAAGCAGUCCUGAGAAGGUAGCCCCUGGGCAGGGCUCAGAUAAGAGAGACCUGGAGUUGCUGUCCUCACUACUGCCACAGUUGACUGGCCCGGUACUGGAUUUGCCUGAGGCAACUAGAGUUCCCCUGGAGGAGCUCAUGUUGGAGGGAGAUCUACUUGAGGUGACCCUGGAUGAGAACCAUAGCAUCUGGCAGCUUUUGCAGGCUGGGCAGCCUCCAGACCUACAACGGAUCCACACACUUCUGGAGCUGGAAAAGCCUCGGCGUCAAGGAAGUAGGAUAAGGGGCCGGAUACUGGAGAAGCGACAGCGACGGCAGCAAAAAGUAGGUCUGGGUAGAAAGAGUGAGGAUAUUGUUCAAGAAGAACUGGCAUCAAAAAAAGCCCGGAGCUCAGAUAUCAAGCAUGAGGAAGGCGAAGAAGAAGAAGAGUUUGAGGAGGAAACAGAUUUUGAAAAUAUAUUUCUGACACCCCCUGUAGAAGAUAACCCCAUUUUGAAAGUGAACCAAAAUAACCUAAAACAAGAUUCAGGUACCACAACAUAUUUUCCUCCUGUAACCCCUUUGGCUACACCUGUCUUACCCUGAGCAGCAAGAGUUAUGACAGCAACACAGAACAUUUUUAUGUAAUGUCACUGCCUCCUGGACCUUCCUAGAUCCUGUACCUUCUUUUGUAUCAACUUUUGUCACCUCAGAAAGUUUUGAAAUGCUGACUCCUAAAGGUGAUGUUUUAAAGGUGAUGUUUUAAGCUCAGUUUCUGCAGACAGUGCCUGUGUCCUCUUCCCAGUAACGUUUACUGAGACUACAAUACAGAAGAUAGUUUUUUAAGCCAGUUUUUUUCUAAACUGAGGCAGAUAAAACUUGAGAAAGGCAAAUUAUCAUGUUUCUUCUGAUUUUUCCCCCCUAACUUCCUCUAUUCUUUUUUUCCUCCUCCUGAUACCUUUGAAAUAUUUUGGUGCUUCAAGGCUUCUUAACAUCUUAAUUCUACCUUGUUUUUGUUUCUCUCCUUUAUUUGUGUCGUAAGAAAAGACAUUACUGAUGUGUAAUUACUUGUUGAGGCCAAAAAGAAUAGAGCAAAAUAAGUUCUUAUUUCCAGCUACAGUCUGUUUUUAAUUCCUUUAAAAUAAAACAAUGGCUGUGUUUUAAAAAUGUGAAUUUUAUUUGCACUUUUUGGAAUUUAGAAGUGAAGGACUCAAGUUGGGAAACAAAAAAUGUUUUAGAAUGUAUGAUGUCUUAUUUGGUAGGGGUGAAGGAGUGAGUGUUCAUUUGUAAAAAGGUAUGAGAGUUUUGUGUCGUUUCUUUUUUUUCCUUAUAGAUGCCAAUUGCUUCAGGUGUAUUUAUUGAGAAGUAAUUCUUUUUCCCUUAAGUUGCUUUAUUCAUUUUGUCAGAAAUGUUGGUUGUACUGUCUCUGUAUCUUGAUCUAUUCUAUUAUGUCCAUUAUCCCUUUGCCAGCAUUCCAUUGUUUUCAUUAAUACAGCUUUCAUUAAGUGUAACAGUAGGGUAGAAUUGUUCCUCUCACUUUAUUGUUUUUCAGAUAGUUUUAAGAGCCUGAUACCAAUCUCUCUUUUUCCACAUGUGGUUGGUUUUGAAUUCUAUGUCUGAUAGAUUUGAACUUGAAAAGAGUUAUUUAAAAUGAUAAAUAUAGUAUGUGAUUUAAUAGCAUUUAUUAUAAGAAUUUAGUGAGAUCACUAUGUUAAGUAUUUCAAGCAAUACCAUCACUCAGUUUAUUUUCUUCUGUCUCCCUGAGUGAUAUAGACAUAUAGGCUGUAUGGUACUUCUGUCAUUCCCUUUCAGGAAUCAAAUUCUGUUGACCUGUUUUGAAUCUCUUGUCAAUGCUUUCCCCUCUCUUUCUGGUACCCCACCCAGUGUAGGCUCUUUGUUUCUCUGUAUAAAAUUUCAUGCCACCGUCCCUAUUUUCCUGUCUUUUUUUUUCAUGUCGGUAGGUGAUCCUUAAGCAUAGCUUUGUUAUCAAGAAACCUAUUCCAUCUCCUUACCUCGUUUUUAGCUUUUUUACCGGUCAAAACAAAGUAGAAAACAAACAAUAUCCAAGCGUUACUCUACUGCAACGUAGGAAUCAGGUCAAAUAAAUAGAAAGUCUUAAUGGUAUUUCAUCUAAAUAUAAGAAUUACUCCUAAACUUCAGUGUCUUUUCUCCUUCACCACAAUGUGGCAAAAGAGUCUGUGAUUCUCGAUGGGCCUCUGAAAUUUUAUAUUCUCCCAGGAGUAUCUUAUAUACAUCAUUUGCUCCCUGUAUUUGUUCCCUUGGAGUUUGUAUAUGUACCUCAGCAUUUGAAAAUUAACUAUUUAGUGGAAAAUACUGAUAAGGUGAAAGAAUUCAGGUUUUGUCUACUCAUAAUCUCACUAAGCACUUCACAAAUUAUUUACCUCCUCUCCAUUAAGGAAACAACUCAAGGUCAGACAGUUGUGCAUCUUUUCUUAGGUCACCUCUGCUCAUAGUGCUUUAUUUGUUUUACUUCAUGAGUAAGUUGUAACAAUUGAAAUCAGACACAAAUGCAACAUUAAAUGUUGUAUGUAUGCUAGUUUAUCAUGUGACUAUAGGUUGAAUUAAUUAAGAAACAUGACCAAAUCUGCAGCAAAAUCAAUAUACAGAAUCAUUCUGUAAUACUUAUUGAGGAUAAUUCUUUUUCAGGAAAAUUUUAAUCUUGGUCUCAAAAAAAGCAUACUAAAGCUUCACUAUGCCAUUAACUGCAGUGCAGUAGAGCAAAUACCUAUUCAGCUUCUGUUCCUGGUAAAAUUCAUGAAACUGAUGAUUUUCACAUUCAUGACUGAGUUAGUGUCACCACUGACAUUAGUACAAUAACACAUGAUUCACAUAUUUUCUGCAUAGCAUCUGCAGAUGACUAAUACAGUAAAUAACCAAUGACAUUAAACAUGUUGUAUUUUCUAGUUUUGUAAAUUUGUCUGAUUCCACACACUUUUUCUACCACCAGUUGUAGCACAUCUUAGAAGAUUCUAAUUUAGGUUGCACUAAAUUUGUGUUUCCUCAACUACUGAAAAAAUAAUUGUUACCUAUAGUGGUUCCAUACAGACUAUUAUAAAGGCCCAGACUUUAGGUACUUCCAGCUUGUUACUGGUUUCUCAAAACAACAUACAAGUAUUAGUAAUACCUGUCACCUUAGCAAUUAAGUCAACCCAGUUGAAAUAAUUUGCUUGUUUUAAUUGACUGUUGGUGCUCCCACUGUCCUCAACUCCUUUACUAUUCUGAAAGACUAUCUUAAAUUUACUUUCUCUCAAGAUUUUUCUUCAGCUGCUGCUGUCAAACCCAAUAAACUCAACAUUGGUAAAUGGCCUUCUUUAUCUGCUUAUCAGAUGAGCCAUUGAAAACUUAUUUUGGUCCUGGUCAUUCUGAUAUUUAUUAUUUUUAUGAAGAAGUUCUGCUGUGAUGAGAUAUGCUAUUUAAAUGUUCUACUUUUCCUGACUAUUAUUUUUGUGUGGUUUUGAAAUAGUAAGUGCUUAAUCUGAUAAAACCAACAUAAAUGCUUUUCUUUUAACAGCUAUUUUGUCAGUGCAUAAUAAGCCAUACUUUACCAUCUAAUUCAAUAACGCAUUCCUGCACCAUAUCUGACAUUUGGCAUCCACUUUUCUUUUUGUGAUGUUUACAGUAAUAAGCAAAACAUAAGAUGAAUCCCUAUAGCAAUAGAUAAUGGUAUUUGAAAACACUAUCUAAACUUAUAACUGCCUGUGAUUUGCAGUAUGCCAAGGAAUGCAUACCUUCAUAUACUCUUAACUACUCAGUUCUCCACAUGUAAAUGAAUGGGAAUGGCUAUGUACCAGUAUAAUUUCAUAAAAGGUUUUUGUGACAUAAAAUAUUUUCCCCCAAGCACUUAAAAAUGUAAAAGCAGCUGACUGGCUUUAGGUAAUAGCUUGCUGACCCCCUUAUCUAAGAGGCCAGAAAAAAGAAUGAUAUAAUUAAAUGUGGCUGAACUUUUCUCAAAAGUCCAGAUUUCUUAAACCUACCCACUUUGUACUGUUUGAUAUUUUGUUUUGUUUUGUUUUGGUUUUUUUUGGUAGAACUAACAAGUUGUUUUGGGUUAUGGGGUUUUGUUUUGGAACUUUUAUCUUCACCUUUUUUGUAUCAUAAUUGGACACUUUUGUGUGCAGCUUUCUUACAUAAUUAUUUUUACCUGCAGUUGAAAUAGAUGUUUUCCUUGCCCUUGACAGUUGCUUCUCAAUUUUUUCUCCUCUAAGUAUCCCUGUCUUUUUAGCUUAUGCCAUAAAUUCUGCCCUUUCUCAUUCUAAUUAUCUACAUAUAAUAAAAUCCCAACUCUAUUUCUGCAUCCUUUAUUCCAGUCUUUACCACUCUUGCUGUUUUCCCUCUAUGAUAACACUGACCAACCUAUUUAUCCUAGUCUAUGCUGUGUUCCCUAUCCUACCCCUGACUACCAUUCUGUUUAUCACUUCCAAUAUAACUUGUUACAUUAAUGAACCGAAGAUGUUCUUUGUGUUUUGACUCCUUUAUUUUUCACUAUGGUAGCUUAGAAGCCACUGGUAUCCAAGUUAAAUUCAUACACAUCCUGUUACUUUUUUUUAAUACCCAAAAUAAGCAGAAUUUAGCCAUUUAGAUUUUUCUAGUUUCUAGGUACUGUAAGUCUUCAUCCAGCAUCUGCUGAGUGAUAAAAUAGGAGCUUUUGGAUAAAAUUCCCUGAGCCAUAAUUGUCCUUUGCAACUCUCUGAUGCACAGAAUUCCUGCAGCAUUGCUGAGGAAUUAUCACCUACGCAUAUGCACACAGUCCUGAGAGUUGAGAUUAUACAAUCCAAGUCUAGAACUCCUAGGACAGGAUAGGAGUAUUUCCUCUGAAAUCUCCAGUUUGCUUUGAUUUAUAUAGACAGAUUUG